AUGGGUACAAGAGGCCGUGGCAGAGGCCGUGAAAGUGCUAGGGCUGGAUCUUCGGCAUCGGACCACAUGCCUAAUGUUAGGGCUAGGGAGGUACCAGCUUCACCGGUAACUGAGACAGGACCUUGUGGUCGAGCGGCUGGGGAUGAGUCAAAUAGAGCUGAAAUUUUUAGGGGUAUUGCUAGUGUAGCCCCUGAUGUGGCUGAGUAUUGGUUGGAGGCCAUGGAGAGAAUAAUGGAUGAUCUUGACUGCACUUCUGAGCAAAAACUAACAGGUGCAGUGUCUUUACUGCGAGACGAGGCCUACCAGUGGUUGCUUACUGGGGAUAAAACUGUGGGAAAAUACGAGGCAGAGUUCCUACGACUUAGCCGCUACGCUCGUGGGAUGGUAGCAACAGAUUGUGAAUGCUAUGUUCAUUUUGAGGGCAACCUCCAAGAUGAAUUACGGAUACUGAUAGCUUCUCAGAGGGAGCAAGACUUUGCUAUCCUAGUGGAAAAGGCAAAAAUCACCGACAACGUGAACUGCUCUGAGCGCCAGAACAGCGAGAAGGAAAGGGGUAGAAGUAGGAGGGAUCCAGAGCCCUCAAGUUCUUUUGGUAGGCCUAAGAAAAAGGGCAGAUUUGAUGAGCCAGUUCAAGUUGGGGCUUCUGUUACUAUUACUAGAUUACAGUCCUGUGCAAAUUGUGGAAGACGGUCAGGGUUUUAUUUAGCCAACAAGAGGUGCUCAGCAGCCACAAGAGGCCGUGGUCAGGCCAAAAAUGGAAAUGGUUUGGGCCGAGGUCGUGGAGCACCAGGCAGAGGUGCUGGUAAUGUUGAGGCGAGGCAGCCAACUCUGGUCUAUGCUGAGGUUCAAGGGGUUACCUUUUCGACGGAUUUGGUGGAGUUACCUUUUGGUGAAUUUGACCUAAUCUUGGGUAUGGAUUGGCUGGUAAAAAAGCGAGCAAGUUUAGAUUGUGCUGUUAUGCAUGUGGUACUAAAGACUACUGAGGAUGAGGAGGUGGUUGUGAUUGAAGAGCGUAGAGAAUAUCUAUUAGAUGCGGUUUCUGCACUAAGGGCUAAGAAAUUGGUUCGUAAGGGUUGUGAGGUGUUUUUAGCCUAUAUUGAUGUCUCUGAUUCUGAGUGCCCUUCUGUUGAAAAUAUCAAAACAGUUAAGGAUUUUCUGGAUGUUUUCCCUGAUGAGCUCCCUGGAUUGCCUCCUAACCAUCAGGUUAAAUUUGGUAUUGAGUUCCUACCUGGAAUAGCUCCGGUGUCUAUUGCCCCUUAUAGAAUGGUACGGAAGGAACUUAUGGAGUUAAAGGCUCAAAUUCAAGAGCUACUGGACUGA